AUGAGACAGUCUCUCCGCUUUGCUCGCGCGUCUUCCGGGCUGGCCGCCGCGCUUUCCUCCGCGCCGAAGACUCCAGCCGCUCUGAGGCUGUCCCAGCUGGCACAGCUUCGCAAUACCUGUGUCACAGCCCAGCCAUUGACCUUCGUCCGGCAGGUCCGGCUCAACCACGCCGAUGCUACGAAGACUUCUUCUGAGUCUGAGGCUGAGGCAGUGGCCCCCGCAAGGUCACCCGUCGAACCGCCCGUGGAUGGGUCGACCCUCGUCGACCAUGUAGCCGGCGCACCUGGCGAAGAGAGCGUGGUGACGCCGCCCGUUGAGGAGGGGGAAGAGCAGUGGCACGUGCCGCGGCGGUACCGGCGCAAGGAUAAGAUCGACCUGCCGCUGAACCAGCGCUACGACGAGAAGCGAAGGAUGGUGUUCCCGAACCGGCUGCGCGACGAUUACGGCGUGAUGCAGUGGAACGCGACGACACUGCGUGUCCGCUACUCCGACUCCGACAAGCCGCUGGACCUGCCGACGCUGUUCCUGCGCGAUGGCUGCCAGUGCCCCAAGUGUGUUGAUCCCAGCUCGGGCCAGAAGACCUUUUCGACUACCGACCUCCCCGAUGCUCCCUCCAUUAUGUCUGCGCGGGCCAUGCCCGACGGCACGGUCGAGAUCAUCUGGCACAACGAUCCCCUGUCCGAAGGGGGUAAGCAUCAGACGCUGCUCAAGCCCGAGCUUAUCAAGCGCUGGCGCGAGGGCGACAACACCACUCGUGGGCAGAACAUCCCCUCUGGCCCCAUGAUCCCCUGGGACCGGGCAAUGUACCAGGCCCUCCUCAACAAAGGCUGGUGCCGCGUGAAGUACAAGGACUGGAUCCACAACGACAACGCCUUCUGGUCGGCCUUCCACGACUUCUGCCGGACGGGCCUCCUCUUCGUGACCGACGUGCCAGAAGACGAGGCCUCCGUCGAGCGCAUCGCCAAGCGCAUCGGCCCCCUCCAGCACACCUUCUACGGUUGGACCUGGGACGUGCGCUCGAAGCCACGCGCCGAAAACGUCGCCUACACCAACGUCUUCCUCGGCCUGCACCAAGACUUGAUGUACCACAACCCGAUCCCUCGCGUUCAGCUCCUCCACUGCCUGGCCAACUCCUGCGAGGGCGGAGAGUCCCUCUUCGCCUCGGGCAUCCGCGCCGCUUACGAGCUGCAACAAACCGAUCCGAUCAACUACGGCGUGCUGACGCGGUACGACACUCACUACUGCUACGACCGCAACGGACACUACUAUCACGCGCGGCGGUGCACCAUCGUCGAGGGUCUCCCGGGAGGUCCCAUCAUGACGCAUUGGGCCCCACCCUUCCAGGGCACACAGCGGCGGCUUAGCGGCCCCGUUCAGCCGAGCCUGCUGCGCUGGAAGCGGGCGGCGACAGCGUUCCAAAAGACGAUUGAGGACGAGCGCAACAUGUAUGAAUACAAGCUCAAGCCGGGCGAGUGCGUCAUCUUUGACAACCAGCGCGUGCUGCAUGGUCGUAGGGAGUUCCAGACCACUCAGGGGUCGAGAUGGCUCAAGGGCGCGUACAUCUCGCCGCAGGUGUUUGCGGCAAAGGAGACGGAGCUCGCGCACCGCCUGGGCAGGAGGUUCAUUGACAAGGAUGAGAUCAUGGCGUGGGUGAGCCAGGAGAGGAAGCUGGUCCGGGACACGCUGCCGGAUGAGCUGAAGGAGAAGGUCAACCUUGUGGAGGAGGACCGCCUAUUUGAGGGCGCUGAGAGGCUGCACAAAGCUAUGAAGGAGGAGUUGAAGACUGUAAAUAACUGGCGCAGGUAUUUGGAGGAGCACCAGUCGGAGGGCGAGCAGGCUGAGGUGUCUCAGUAA